ACAAAUCAGAAGUUACUUCGUUCAAAUACUGAAAUGCAGACUACGCGUGUUUUAAAAGUGUUAAUUUCUGCAACAUAGAAUAAAGCAUUGCUUAUGAGAAACGUAAUAAUUCGGUCAACGUGAAUAAUAAAAAAGUACUAUGCUGUAGUAGGCUAUUCUGUCAGUUAUAAAAUGAAUUCAGUGAACACACAGGUACGGCAGGCAGGUAGUACUGUAUUUUCCCAGUAUUGCAGGGAACAACUCUUAUCUUCUUAAAUCUCACGGCUCAGUUUAGCGACAAAUACUAUCGGUUAUCGGUUUUUCUUUAACGUUGCAUGUUCAAAACCCCUGCGCGAAACUCACUUGGAGAAAAACGCGCACGCUUAACUGAAAUCGGCGAAGUAAAAAGGGAGCAAGAAUUCUUUUAUCUUCAUGCCAGCGGAAAGUAGAUCCGGGCAAUCCAAAUGCGCAUUGAGAUACCAGGCGCAUUGAGAAGGGGGGAGAACGAGUGGGAGAGGGGGAGAAAGCGAGAGCAGGACAAGAAAGAAGAAAAGAGGAGUGUGCGCACGGGGUCUCAAAACUGUGAUCAUGCUGAAUGUGGGAUCUAAUAAAACAUAUGAAAACAAUACAAAUCGACGAUAUUGAUGCGGGUUUGGUGAAGAGUGCACCACGGCAUCAUGGUGAGACACUGGACCUCACUACUUUUAACGGUCUUGCAGCUCCUCUGCAAUUAUGGCGGGAGCCAAGGGAUGCAGCAGCAGCAGCUGUUGCCCAUGCAGUUUACACACCCACUGUACAAUGCCACCAUAUACGAGAACUCCGCGGCUAAGACUUACUUAGAAAGCCCCAUCAAGAUGGGCAUUUACAUUUCAGACCCAGCAUGGGAGGUAAAGUACAAGAUAGUGUCAGGAGACAGUGAAAACCUCUUCAAAGCUGAGGAGUACGUUCUGGGAGACUUCAGUUUCCUGCGCAUAAGGACCAAAGGCGGCAGCACCGCCAUUCUCAAUCGGGAGGUGAAAGACCACUACUUGCUCACAGUCAAGGCGGCAGAGAGGAGCACCAAUGCAGAGGCCCGCACCAGGGUCAGGGUCCAGGUUCUCGACACUAACGACCUCAGGCCGCUGUUCUCGCCCACCUCGUACAGCAUCUCCCUGCCGGAGAACAUGGCCAUCAGAACCAGUGUGGCCCAGGUCACCGCCACAGACGCGGACAUAGGGACAAACGGCGAGUACUACUACAGUUUCCGGGAGUGGACGGACACGUUCUCUGUCCACCCCACCAGUGGCGUGGUGACGCUAACCGGUCGGCUGGACUAUGCUGAGACCAAGCUGUAUGAACUGGAGAUCCUGGCGGUGGACCGUGGCAUGAAGCUGUAUGGUAGCAGUGGUUUCAGCAGCAUGGCAAAGCUUACUGUGAGGGUGGAGCAGGCCAAUGAACAUGCACCUGUCAUCACGGCUGUUGCCCUGUCCCCAUCGGAUGGUGACCGAGACCCCACGUACGCUGUGGUGAUGGUAGAGGAUGGCGACCAGGGACCAAACGGGGAGAUAGCCUCACUGAGUAUUGUGGCAGGAGACCCUCUACAGCAAUUCAAGGCCAUGAGAACCAGCCCUGGAAGCAAGGAGUACAAGAUAAAAGCAGUCCGAGAAGUGGACUGGGACACCCAACCCUUUGGAUACAACCUUACUUUGCAAGCUAAAGAUAAAGGGAGCCCACCUAGGUUUUCCUCUGUUAAAGUUGUUCAUGUGACCUCACCUCUGUUCAAAGUGGGGCCCCCUAAGUUUGAAAAGAGUGUUUACAGGGUCAACCUCAGCGAAUUCGCCCCUUUCCACACGCCUGUUGCUAUGGUGUCAGCUGUACCAAAGUAUCCCCAUUUGAAGUAUAUGUUCAAGUAUAAGAUGGAAAAAAAUCGGUUUGAUCUAAAUCCAGACACGGGCUUAAUUACAACAGCUGGACCGAUCCAUGCUGACUAUGCUAGGGGAUACGAGCUGGAAGUCAUUACCAGCGAUAGGAAAGCCUCGACUAAAGUAGUCAUCAAUGUGAUUGAUGUGAAUAACAACAUCCCCGAGUUUAAGCAAACCUCUUACAAAGCCAGUGUCGAUGAGCACAUGCCGGUAGGGACCAGUGUUCUAACGGUCAGUGCUAGUGAUCUCGACAGUGGAGAAGAUGGCUAUGUCACCUACAGCAUCGCUAAUGUGAGCCCCCAGCCUUUUGUCAUUGACUAUUUCACUGGUGUUAUCAGCACCGCCGAGGAUUUAGAUUACGAACUCAUGCCAAGGAUUUACAAUCUUAGAGUCCGAGCUUCAGACUGGGGUGCCCCCUUUCGCCGAGAAGUCGAGGCACCUGUAACGAUCACACUGAAUAACCUGAACGACAACAAGCCAAUGUUUGAGAGUGUUGACUGCGAGGUGACAGUGCCGAGGGAUCAUGGCGUCGGCGAACAAAUAGCCACCGUAUCUGCCAUCGAUGCCGAUGAGCUGCAGUUGGUCCGGUACGAAAUCAAGGCUGGCAAUGAACUCGACCUUUUUGACUUGAACCCAAACUCGGGUGUGCUUUCCCUGAAACAGUCGCUGAGCGAGGGAGAGGGGGCGAAAGUGUCCUUUCACAGCGUGAAAAUAACAGCCAGUGAUGGUGAAAAUGUCACCCCACCGAUGACUAUGAACAUCAGUGUCAUUACCGCCCGGAAACCGGUCCAAUUAAAAUGCGUUGACACUGGAGUCGCUGCAAUGCUGGCAGAAAAGCUUCUUCAGGGUAGUAGAAUCCACAGCCAUGUGGAACCUGAGGAUAACUUCUUAGACACGCAUUCUAUCAAUCGUUUUGCACCUGAAUUUGCGGAGUCGUUUCCCAGUGCCAUUGAAGUCAAAGAAGACCUUCCUGUCGGGGCAAGAAUCAUUCUGAUUAGUGCCUCGGAUGCAGAUAGUGGUUUCAAUGGAAAGUUAGUUUACGUAAUUUCUGGCGGAGAUACUGAGAGUCGGUUUGUCAUCGAAAUGGACACCGGUUGGCUUCAGGUUUACUCACCACUCGACAGAGAAACAACCAAUCACUAUACACUGAACAUCACUGUGUACGAUCUAGGAAUACCUCAGAAGUCCACUUCACGUCUUCUGGAUGUCAAUAUUCUGGACGCAAAUGACAACAGCCCGGAGUUUCUGCAGGAUGGCUAUUCUGUUGAAAUAAGUGAAAGCACAGAGGUGGGGACAGAGAUAAUUCAGAUGCAGGCCACAGACAAAGACUUGGGUGCCAAUGGGGAGGUCAGAUAUUCGCUUUUGGCUGACACUGAUCAAUUUUCAAUUGAUGAGCAGACGGGUGUUGUGAAGGUGAAAAAGCCACUUGAUCGCGAGCUUCAUCCUGUUUAUGUGUUGAAGGUCGCGGCACGUGAUCAGGCCAUGAACGAACCACAGCUGAUAUCGACCACAUUGCUGAAAGUCAGUCUGGAGGAUGUCAACGACAAUCCACCAAAAUUUGUUCCUCCCAACUAUCGGGUGAAGGUGCGAGAGGACCUCCCCAUUGGUACAGUGAUCAUGUGGCUGGAAGCUCAUGACCCAGAUGUUGGUCAGUCUGGCCAGGUGCGCUACAGCCUGGUUGACAAUGGAGACGGAAGCUUUGAUGUGGACAAACUGAGUGGGGCAGUGCGGAUUGCCCAGAAUCUGGAUUAUGAAAAAAGGCAGGUGUACAAUCUCACGGCAAGGGCCAAAGACAAAGGAAAACCAGUCUCUCUCUCCUCAACCUGUCGUAUUGAGGUGGACGUGGUGGAUGUGAAUGAGAACCUGUAUCGCCCUUCGUUCCCUUCUUUCGUGGAUAAAGGGUUUGUCAAGGAGGACGCACCUAUUGGCACCUCGGUCAUGAAAGUCACUGCAAAGGACGAAGACAAGGGUAGAGAUGGGGAAAUUAGAUACUCCAUAAGGGAUGGCUCUGGCCUUGGAAUAUUCACCAUUGAUGAAGAAAGUGGCGUCAUCAGGACCCAGGAGCUUCUGGACCAUGAGACCACGCCCCACUACUGGCUGACAGUUUACGCCACCGACCGGGGCGUGGCGCCGCUCUCCUCCUUCGUGGAGGUCUACGUGGAGGUGCAGGACGUCAACGACAACGCCCCGCAGACCUCCGAGCCGGUCUACUACCCCUCGGUCAUGGAGAACUCCCCCAAGGACGUGUCCAUCAUCCAGAUCGAGGCCUUCGACCCCGACGUCAGGUCCGGCGAGAAGCUGAGCUACAGGAUCUCCAGCGGGAACCCGCAGGGGUUCUUCACAAUCAACCCCAAGACAGGUUUGGUGACGACAACUUCAAGAAAAUUGGACAGAGAGCAACAAGAUGAACAUAUUCUUGAGAUCACGGUCACCGACCACGGCGUCCCGCCGAAGUCCACGUCCGUCCGGGUGAUCGUGCGGGUGCUGGACGAGAACGACAACCGGCCGCAGUUCCUGGAGAAGCUCUACAAGAUCAAGCUUCCCGAGCGGGAGAGGCCGGAGAAGGAGAGGCUGGCCAAGAGGGACCCCGUGUACCGGGUCAUCGCCUCGGACCGCGACCGGGGCCCCAACGCCGAGGUCUCCUACAGCAUCGAGGAGGGCGACGAGCACGGGAAGUUCUUCAUCGAGCCCAAGACCGGGCUGGUGUCCUCCAAGAAGUUCUCCUCGGCCGGAGAGUACGACAUCCUGACCAUCAAGGCGGUGGACAACGGCCGGCCGCAGAAGUGGUCCACCUGCCGGCUGCACAUCGAGUGGAUCCCCCGGCCCCCGCCCUCGGCUCGGCCGCUGGCCUUCGACGAGGAGUCCUUCUCCUUCUCCGUCAUGGAGGGCGACCCGGUGGCGCACAUGGUGGGGGUCAUCACCACUGAGUCCACGGACUCGCCCGUCUGGUUCGAGAUCACAGGAGACGCGCAAGCUCAGGAAGCGUUUUACGUCGUUCAGACGGCUUGUGACCUGAACUGUACAGCGGAAGGUGGCAACCAUGACAGCCGCUUCGACGUGGGCAAGGGCAGCGGCACCGUCAUCAUCGCCAGACCCCUCGACGCCGAGCAGAAAUCAAAUUACAACCUGACAGUGGAGGCAACAGAUGGAACCGAAUCUAUCAGCACCCAGGUGCUUAUCCGGGUGAUCGAUACGAACAACCACCGGCCGCAGUUCUCCCAGCCCAAGUACGAGAUCAGCAUUCCCGAGGACACGCCCCCGGAGACGGAGGUGCUGCGGAUCAGCGCCACGGACCAGGACGAGAAGAACAAGCUGACCUUCACCCUGCUGAGCAGCACCGACCCCUUCAGCCUGCGCAAGUUCCGGCUGGACCCGGGGACCGGCGUGCUCUACACGGCCGAGAGGCUGGACCACGAGGCCAUGCGCACGCACACGCUCACCGUCAUGGUCCGGGAUCAAGAUAUUCCGGUGAAGCGCAACCUGGUGAGGGUCAUCGUGAAUGUAGAGGACACCAACGACAACGCGCCCUGGUUCAUUGGCACCCCCUACGUGGGCCGGGUGUUCGAGUCCGCCUCCGUGGGCACUGCGGUGCUGCAGGUCACUGCCCUGGACAAAGACAAGGGCCCCAACGCCGAGGUUCUCUACAGCAUAGAGUCAGGAAAUGUUGCCAAUUCAUUCGCCAUCGAUCCAGUCCUGGGAACCAUAACCGUGUCAAAGGAGCUUGAUCGCAGCAGCAGGAGCCAUUUCGAGCUGGCCGUGAAAGCCUCGGACAAGGGAACCCCUGCGUUGAGCGCCACAGCAACUGUCCACAUUGACGUCACGAUAUCUGACAACGCUGCCCCCAGGUUUGCUGAGAGGGAGUUCUCCGCAGAGGUCAGCGAAAGCGUGCCGGUUGGCACCUUCGUCAGCCUGGUCGAGGCAUCCAGCCAGUCUUCGGUCUUCUACCAGAUCAAGGAAGGUAAUGUGGACGGCGCCUUCGACAUCAACCCCAACUCUGGCGUGGUCGUUACCCAGAGGGCGCUGGACUACGAGGUUCGACCCUCCUAUAAGCUGAGCGUGCAGGGCACCAACAUGGCGGGGCAGGCGAGCAACGCCACGCUCCUCAUCCACCUGAGGGACGAGAACGAUAACGCCCCCACCUUCACCCAGGCUGAGUUCACCGGGGUGAUCAGCGAGGCCGCUCCUGUCAACAGCGUGGUCUUGACCGAGGACAACGUGCCGCUGGUGAUCCGUGCCACGGAUGCCGACCGGGAUGCCAAUGCCAUGCUCGUUUACCACAUCGUCGAGCCUUUUGCCCAUAACUACUUCGCCAUCGACUCCAGCACUGGGGCCAUCCGGACCACGACUGGCCUGGACUACGAGCAGAGGAGGGUUUUCCACUUCACCGUCCAAGUCCACGAUAUGGGGAUGCCACGCCUGUUUGCCGACAUCGCAGCCAACGUGACGGUCCGAGUCAUCGAUGUCAAUGACUGCGCCCCGCGGUUCAGCCAGGAGCUGUAUGAGGCCUCCCUCAUUGUCCCCACGUACAAAGGGGUGCAGGUGCUUGCUGUGAAUGCCACGGAUGCGGACUCCGGCCCCAACGCCAAGCUCAUCUUCUCCAUCUCAGAGGGCAACAUCGGGGACAAGUUCAAGAUGGACCCAAGCUCGGGUGUGAUUUCUAUGCAGAAUGUCACCCAACUGAGGAGCCGGUAUGAGCUGAGGGUGAGGGUGUCUGAUGGAAGAUUCGCUAGUACCGCCACGGUGAAAAUAAACAUCCGGGAAAACAAGGAGAGCAGCCUUAAGUUCACCCAGAGCUCAUACAGUGCCUCUGUCAAAGAAAACUCCCCCGAAAAGAAAACGCUUGCAGUUAUUGCCACAGUGGGAAACCAGGUGAACGAGCCCCUGUUCUACAGCAUCUUGAACCCGGAUGAAAGGUUCCAAAUCAGCCGUACGUCCGGCGUGCUGUCGACCACGGGCGUGCCCUUUGACCGAGAAGAACGGGAUUCGUACGAUGUGGUUGUGGAGGUGACGAGGGAAGACAGAUCCUCUGGACUUGCUCACGUAGUCGUAACGGUGACCAUCGAGGAUGAGAAUGAUAACCCGCCCAUGUUUGUCAACCUGCCCUAUCAUGCGCUGGUGCAGGUGGAUGCCGAGGUCGGCCAGGCCAUCAGGCAGGUAACCGCCGUAGAUGGAGAUGUUGGCAGAAAUGCCGAGAUCCACUACUACCUAAGGGAGCAUCAUGACUUCUUCAAGAUAAGCCCUGCGGGUGAAAUCUCCCUGAAGAAGCCGUUCGAUAAGGAGACACUGAACACAGAGUUUGUGGUCCACAUUGUAGCCGAAGACGGGGGAGAGCCUGCCCUUUCAGCAGAAGUGGAAGUGCCCAUUACAGUUGUGAACAAAGCCGUGCCGGUGUUUGAAAGGCCCUUCUACAGCAUUGAGAUCCCGGAGAGCGUCCAACUGCACACUCCUGUGGUGCAUGUUCAGGCUAACAACUCCGAAGGGCCACGCAUCGUGUACACCAUCUCUGAGGGAGACCCUCUCAGCCAGUUCACAAUCAACUUCAACACGGGGGUUGUGCACGUGGUCCGGCCGCUAGAUUUUGAGACUCAUCCUGCAUACAAGCUGAGCGUGAGGGCCACAGACUCUCUGACUGGGGCUCACUCUGAUGUCUUCGUUGACAUCAUCCUUGAGGAUGUCAAUGACAACCCCCCGGAAUUCCUAGCUAAGGCCUACAAUGGCAAUGUGUCGGAGGCCUCUGUCAUCGGCACCUCUGUGCUGCAGGUGGCGGCCAUGGACGUUGACACGGGUAACAACAAGGCAGUUUUCUACCAGCUGCUGGAGGACGAGGAUGGGAGCUCGGACUACUUCAGCAUCGACCGCGACAGCGGGGUCAUCUGGACAGCCCUUGUGCUGGACCGCGAGGAACGGCCCCAACACAGGCUGACCGUGAGAGCUGUAGACGGAGGGGUGCCCGCUCUCUCCACCGAGGUUGAGGUAGUUGUUGAUGUUACUGACCUGAACGACAACCCGCCAGCCUUCACUCAGCAUCUCUACGAAGCCACCGUCAGUGAGCUGGCUUCCCGUGGCCACUUCAUCACACACGUGCAGGCCUCUGAUGCUGACAGCUCAGAUGCUGGCAAGCUGGAGUUUGCCAUUCUUUCUGGGAACGAUGACCAGAACUUUGCCAUCAACCCCAAGACGGGAGCAAUUACCAUCUCCAAUCACCGCAAGCAGCACAUGGAGCCGUUGUACAACCUCAACGUGUCGGUUUCCGAUGGCGUGUUCAGGAGCUCAUCCAUGGUCAGGGUCACGGUAAUCAGUGCCAACUUCCACAGCCCCGCCUUCUCUCAGCUCGAUUACGUGGUGGAGCUUGUGGAGAACUCUCCAGCCAGGACUAUGGUGGCGGAAGCCAAAGCAACCGACGAGGACUCUGGCAUCUAUGGCAGAGUGACGUACCACAUUGUGAAUGACUUAGCCAGGGAAAAGUUUUCUGUCAAUGAAGAAGGGGUGAUCUUCACCCAGGAGAGCCUGGACCGGGAGAAUUCAGUAGAGAAGGUGAUCCCCAUAAGCUUGAUGGCAAAAGAUGGUGGAGGAAAAGUCGGCUUUUGCACCAUCAAUGUAAUCUUGACCGACGUCAAUGACAACACACCCCAAUUCAGAGCAGCUGAGUACAGAGUCAAUGUGGCCUCGGACGUCCCGAGGGGAACCACAGUGCUUCGCGUCGGGGCUUCGGAUGUGGAUGAGGGGAGCAAUGCUGACAUCGCCUACUCCAUCGAGGCAGAGGUGGAAAACGUGGAGGAGAACUUUGAGAUACACCCCUUCAGCGGUGCCAUUGUGACCAAGGAGAGCCUUAUUGGAUUGGAGAAUGACCUCUACUCCUUCUUUGUGAGGGCUAAAGAUGCUGGGAGCCCAUCCAGGCAGUCCGUGGUUCCAGUCUACAUUCGCAUCCUGGCCCCCGACACUCCGGUGCCAAAAUUUGCGGAGCCACAGUACAGGUAUGCCAUCGCCGAGGACCUUCCCGUGGGCUCCGAGAUUGAUGUGGUGCAGGCUGAGAGUGACCAACCGGUCAUCUACAGUCUGGUCAAGGGGAACACUCCAGAGAGCAACCAGGAUGAGGUGUUUGUAGUGGACAGGGACACGGGGAGCCUGAAACUGGAGAAGAGCCUGGACCAUGAGAUGGCCAAGUGGUACCAACUCACACUGCUGGCACAGAGUGGACCUGAGGGCAGCCAGGUGGUGACGGCGGCUGACAUCAACAUUCAGGUGAAGGACGUCAACGACAACCGUCCCGCCUUCGAGUCGGACCCUUACCAGGCUGUGGUGGUAGAGAACGUUCCGGCAGGCACCCCGGUGAUCCAGGUGAAGGCGACGGACCUGGACUCCGGGACCAACGGCCAGGUGGUGUACAGCUUGGAUCAGAACCAGGAGUCGGAGGACGUCCCGGAGCUAUUCGCCAUCAAUAGCGAGACCGGCUGGGUGACCACCUUGAAGGAGCUGGACCGGGAGCAGCAGAGCCAGCACGUAGUGGCGGUGGUGGCAUCAGACCGAGGGGAGAAGACCCAGCUGGUGGCCCGUGCCAAGGUGGAGGUGACCGUGGCGGACGUGAACGACAACCCGCCCCGCUUCACGGCCGAGAUCUACAAAGGGACGGUGAGCGAGGACGACCCGCCGCCCAGCGGGGUCAUCGCCAUCCUCAGCACUACCGACGCAGACUCGGAAGAGAUCAACAAGCAGAUCAACUACUUCAUAACAGGGGGAGAUCCGCUGGGGCAGUUCGCAAUCGAGCACACUCAGAACGAGUGGAAAGUCUCUGUGCGGAAGCCCCUGGACCGCGAGGAGAGGGACAACUACCUGCUCAACAUCACCGCCACCGACGGCACCUUCCUGGCCAGAGCCGUGGUGGAGGUCAAGGUCUUGGACGCCAACGACAACAGCCCUGUUUGUGAAAAGACUUUCUAUGCAGAGUCUGUUCCUGAGGACGCCCCUGAAGGUAGACUCAUCCUGCAGGUGAUUGCUACAGACGCUGACAUCCGCUCCAACGGCCACAUUUCAUACCAGCUUCUGGGACCCGGGUCUGAGCACUUCAGCAUAGACUCAGAGACGGGCGAGGUGAAGACGCUGCUGCCCCUGGACCGCGAGGAGCGGGCGGCGUACGCGCUGACCGCCCGCGCUCUCGACGGCGGCGGGCGCCACUGCGAGGCCGUCGUCCGCAUCGCCGUGGAGGACGUCAACGACAACGCGCCCCAGUUCGCCGCCGACCCCUACGCCGUCACCGUCUUCGAGAGCACCGAGCCCGGCACCUUCCUGGCGCGGCUGCAGGCCUCGGACCUCGACCUCGGUGCGAAUGGCGAGGUCCUGUACUCCCUGGAGGACUCGGCGGACGGCCACUUCUCGGUGGACGAGCGGACGGGCGUGGUGAGCCUGGAGAAGCCGCUGGACCGCGAGGCGCAGGCGGUGUACGCGCUGCGGGCGCGGGCCACGGACCGCGGCGCCCCCCAGAGGCUGUCGGCGGCCUGCGCGGUGGUGGUGUCGGUGCUGGACAUCAACGACAACCCGCCGGUGUUCGAGCAGCGCGAGUACGUGGCCGCGGUGGCCGAGGACGUGGCGCCCGGCUCGCAGGUGCUCCGCGUCUUCGCCGCCAGCCGCGACAUCGAGGCCAACGCCGAGAUCUCCUACGCCAUCGUCAGCGGCAACGAGCGCGGGGUGUUCAGCGUCAACCCCCAGACAGGUGACAUCUUCGUGGUGGAGAGGCUGGACUACGAGACCUCGCACGAGUUCUACCUGACCGUGGAGGCGACGGACGGGGGCACGCCCUCGCUCAGCGACAUGGCCACCGUCAACAUCAACCUGAUGGACGUCAACGACAACAGCCCGGUCUUCAGCCAGGCGGUCUACUCCGCGGUGGUCAGCGAGGACGCCGAGCUGGGGCGGACCGUGGUGACCGUGGCGGCGGACGACGCCGACGGGCCCGCCCACAACCACGUCCGCUACUCCAUCACCGACGGCAACCAGGGCAGCCCCUUCACCAUCGACCCAGUCAAGGGCGAGGUCAAAGUCGCCCGCCAGCUGGACAGAGAGAGGAUAUCGGGGUACACUCUGACAGUGCUGGCGUCCGACAACGGCAGCCCCCCCAAGUCCAGCAGCGCCACCGUCAACAUCGACGUGUCAGACGUGAACGACAACCCCCCGGUCUUCUCCCAGGCCAACCACAGCCUCGUCCUCCAGGAGAACGGGCCAGCCGGAACCAGCGUCCUCCAGCUGACCGUGACGGAUCGGGACGCCUCCCACAACGGCCCGCCCUUCUCCUUCACCAUUGUCAGCGGCAACGAGGGCGGAGCCUUCCAGAUGACCCAGCAGGGGGCGCUCCUGACAGCCACCCCUCUGCUGCGGGCACUGAAGGACCAUUACCUACUGCAGGUCCAGGUGGCAGACAGCGGGAAGCCGCAGCUGGUCUCGUCCACGUUCGUCAGCGUCCGCGUGAUCGAGGAGAGCGUCCACCCGCCGUCCAUCCUGCCGCUGGACAUCUUCAUCGCCACGCACGGGGACGAGUACCCCGGCGGCGUCCUGGGCAAGAUCCACGCCACCGACCAGGACGUCUACGACACGCUCACCUACAGCCUGGCGUCGCCCGCCGACGGCCUGUUCUCCGUCUCCGCCGGCGACGGCAAGGUCAUCGCUCGCAAGGGCCUGGACGCGGGCCACUACCCGCUCAACGUGACGGUGACGGACGGGCGCUUCACGGCGGCGGCGGGCGUGAGCGUGCACGUGCGCGAGGUGACGCGCCAGGCGCUGGACCGCUCGGUGGCCGUGCGCUUCGCCUCCAUCGCGCCCGAGGAGUUCGUGGGCGACUACUGGCGCAACUUCCUGCGGGCGCUGCGGAACAUCGCGGGCGUGCGCCGCGGCGACGUGCAGCUGGUCAGCCUGCAGCCGGCCGAGGCGGCGGCGGCGGGCGACCUGGACGUGCUGCUGGCGCUGGAGAAGUCCGGCGGGCCCUACCAGACGCACGAGCUGCUCUUCCGCAAGCUCAACGCCUCGGCCGCCGUCGUCGAGGUGAUGACGGGGCUGCGCAUCGUGCGCGUGGUGCGCAAGCUCUGCGCCGGCCUGGACUGCCCGCUGCACUUCUGCCAGGAGUCCGUCGCCCUGGAGACGGGCUCCCUGGCCACCUACAGCACGGCCCGGCUGAGCUUCGUCACGCCCCGGCACCAGCGCACCGCCGUCUGUCUCUGCAAAGACGGUAAAUGCCCCGCCCUGCACAGGCCGUGUGAGGGGGACCCCUGUCCCGAGGGCACGGAGUGUGUGGCAGACCCCAAAGAGCCCAAAUACGCCUGCGUGUGCCCGGAUGGCAAACGGUGUUCGGAGGGCCCCUCCCUGACGUUCGGCGGCAGCGGCUACAUCAAGUACCGGCUGACGGAGAACGAGAACAAGGAGGAGAUGAAGCUGUCGCUCAGGCUCAGGACCUUCUCCAGCCACGCCACCGUCAUGUACGCCAAGGGCACCGACUACAGCAUCCUGGAGAUAGUGAACGGCCGUCUGCAGUACAAGUUUGACUGCGGCAGCGGGCCGGGCAUCGUCUCGGUGCACAGCACGCAGGUGAACGACGGCGAGUGGCACUCGGUCACGCUGGAGGUGGACGGCAACUACGCCAAGCUGGUGCUGGACCGGGUGCACACGGCGUCGGGCACGGCCCCGGGCACCCUGCGCACGCUCAACCUGGACGCCAGCGUCUUCUUCGGGGGCCACGUGCGCCAGCACGCCGCCCGCCACGGGCGCAGCCUGCCCGUCAGCAACGGGCUGCGCGGCUGCGUGGCCGCCAUCGUCCUGGACGGCCUGGAGCUGCCGCUGGACGCCCGGGCCCCGUCCCCGGCCCGCGCCGUGCUGGAGGAGGCGGUGGACGCCGCGCCCGGCUGCGCCCUGCCCCCCCGCGAGGGCUGCUCCAGCAACCCCUGCGCCAACGGCGGGACGUGCUCCUCGCUGCCCAACGGAGGCUACUUCUGCAAGUGCGGCGCCUCGUUCAUGGGGACGCAGUGCGAAAUCGGCGUCAGCCCCUGCACCUCGAACCCGUGCCUCUACGGCGGGACCUGCGUCCCGCGCGGAGACGACUUCUACUGCCAGUGCCGGGGACAGUACUCGGGACAGAGGUGUCAGCUGGGCCCAUACUGCCGGGACAACCCCUGCAAGAACAGCGGCCGCUGCAUCGACAGCCUGGACGGGCCCGUCUGCGAGUGCGAGCUGGGUUUCCAAGGAGACAGGUGCCUGAGCGACGUGGACGAGUGCGUGCAGAACCCGUGCGCCAACGGCGGCCAGUGCGAGAACACGUACGGCUCCUUCCUGUGCAACUGCACCCUGGGCUUCGGCGGGGGGCGCUGCGAGCUGAGGGCGGAGGUGCACACCGAGCUGGUCUCCACCUCCUGGAACAUCGGCCUGGAGGAGGUGGUGGGCAUCGCGGUCUUCGUGGCCAGCAUCUUCCUCCUGACCCUCGUCUUCGUGCUGCUGCGCAAGCGCGCGUGCUGCGGGCGGGGGGGGAAGCCCCGCCCCCGGGACGAGGACAAGCGCCCGGGCCCCGGCCACGCCUUCCUGCAGCGGCCCUACUUCGACUCCAAGCUCAGCGGGAACAUCUACUCGGACGUCCCGCCCCAGGUGCCCGUGCGCCCCAUCUCCUACACGCCCAGCAUCCCCAGCGACUCGCGGAACAACCUGGACCGCAACUCCUUCGAGGGCUCGGCCAUCCCGGAGCACCCCGAGUUCAGCACCUUCAACCCCGACGCCGUCCACGGGCACCGCAAGACCGUGGCCGUGUGCAGCGUGGCCCCCAACCUGCCCCCGCCCCCGCCCUCCAACUCCGUGUCCGACAGCGACUCCAUCCAGAAGCCCAGCUGGGACUACGACUACGACGCUAAAGUAGUGGACUUGGACCCCUGCUUGGCCAAGAAACCCCUGGAUGAUGUCACCUGCCACGCCUACAACACCCGCGGGAGCAUGUCGGAGGUGCAGUCCCUCAGCUCCUUCCAGUCAGAGUCAUGUGACGACAACGCCUCCAUAGUGACUGUUAUACACCUUGUCAAUUCUGUUGUUGACUCGGUGGAAAAAGAAGAGUCUUUCUCCGCUCAUGAGCCCAAGAACUCCAGAGGUUAUCAUUGGGACACCUCAGAUUGGAUGCCAAGUGUUCAGCUUCCUGGAAUCCAGGAGUAUCCGCAGUACGAAGUGGUGGAGGCCCCCAGCACUCUGUACAACGACCCCAGCGUCUUAGACACCGACUACUACCCGGGGGGCUACGACAUCGAGAGCGACUUCCCCCCGCCCCCCGACGACUUCUCCCCCCACGAGGAGCUCCCCCCGCUGCCCGACUACGGCGACCGCUACGACACGCUGCAGCCGCCCCGGGACGCGCCCCCGCCGGCCAGCCCCGGCUCGUCCGGGCGGGGCCGGCCGUCGCCGCAGCAACAGCGCCAGUACUCGCCGGCGGCGCACCUCCGCCGCUACCCCUCGGACUCCGCCGAGCCCCGGGACGCGGCGGUGGGGUCGGGCGGCUUCCGCCGGGGGGGCUUCCCCGCGGGGUACGGGCGGGAGUUCGCGGUGGACCCGCCGGCGGUCGACAGCAUGUCGCUCUCCCUGUACACGUCCACGGCCUCCUGCUCGGACAUGUCGGCGUGCUGCGAGGAGUCCGAGGUCGCCCUGAGCGACUACGACAGCGGGGACGAGGGCCAACGCUUCCACCGGCUGGACCUCGCCAUCCCGGCGCUGGACGCCCAGCAGCACACCGAAGUCUGACACUGUAUCCAAAACGAAAAGUGCCUGAACCCCUUUACCCGCCGAGCCGGCGAACCCGGUACGCCAGCGGUGACCGUCAGCCGUGCUGUCGAUGGCCGGAGAGACCGGGCUUUUCUGUGAAGCCUGGGGCUUUUACUUUUAGUUUUUUUUUGUUUUCCUUUUCUGCUAACCGAUUUCUCUGUGGGUGCGACUGCCUUGUCCACCAGAUCAAUGCCUGCUACACCCCCCCUGGCCCAUCCCUCCUCCCGCCCCAGUGCUUGGGAAAAUCUGGUCUCUCCGAUUGGCUGCUCAGUUGCUUGACGUAGCUGCGAUUGACUGUCACCGUGCACAAAAAAAAAAAAAAAAAAAAAAAACUCUGAAGGUACUGCUAUUACAAAAAGUGUACAAUUAUGGGAAAAGAUGACGUCAAAACAAAACAUUUCAAGGUUUUAUCUGUACUUGUGUAGGUUUAACAAGGCAGACUAAUUUAAAAAAAUAAUGAUGAAAUAAAAAAGAUCCUCAUUCAUUUUUCUAAAUGUAAAUUUUAAUGUACAGUUUUGAUUUGGAGGUUUACUAGGUUUUUUUGUAGAUAAUUUUAUGCUUUUUAUUUCCAAGAAGACACAAGUUUUAAUGUUUUAACAGUGUGACAUCGUCGGCCUUACUGUAUCAUCACCAUGGCAACCGAAGCCUGUUCAAGGAGUGUGACUUGUCCGUGUGUGACUACAUGAGAUACGUAUACAUACCAGUGUCCUGUCGCUCAUUUCAAAGUGUGGGGGGGGGGAGGGGGGAGUUAUCCAGCGAAGGAUGGAGUAUUCUUGUGUUGUCGUUAUAUAUGUUUUUUUGGUAAAUUGUAACGUUAAACCUUUUUAUUUUUCCACCACGAUCACGGGACCCAGUAUAUUUAUAGUGUGAACUGAUUCGUGGACACGUGAUUCAUUUUUUUUCAAGUGUCUGUAUGUGUGGGAGACGGAGAGCUAUUGUUAAGGUUUUUAUUGAAUACUGCCAUUAGAUCACGCUUUCCUAUUGGCAAUAAAUUAUUCAUAAAAA